GUGUUUGCAUAGUUGUUGGUGUUUUUAACGUCUUGUACUGGUUAUAUGAAAAAGAAAAACCAGGGCCAUACCCAGUAGUUGGAAGAGCACAAGACACAAUGGAGCAGCACAUCACAUGCUCUCCUUACCUCCUUAUUUAAUACUCUCACUUGCCUCUUUGCUCCCCACCUUCCUCAGUAAUUCACUCCUCUCCACCCUUAUUUCCUUCCCAUUUAACCACAUUCCCCACUCUCCAUUCAUCCUCAUCACCCUCUCCCCUCACUCAAUUCUCAAACACUCCGGAUAACUCCACACAUUGUUCGUAAUCGAUGUCACUCGCCACACUCCCCGCGGUAGUCCUGCUAUCCGUCUUCCUGCCACUACUACUCGCCAAUGCCUGCUCGCCUGCUGACCACUCUGCACUUCUCUCUUUUAAAGCCGCGUUAACCGAGCCUUACUUGGGCAUUUUCAGCUCCUGGACCGGAGACAAUUGCUGUAACCAAUGGUACGGCAUUAGCUGCGAUCCUUCAACUAACCGUGUCACCGACAUUUCCCUACGUGGUGAAUCUGAAGAUCCUAUCUUCGAGAGAGCUGGUCGAUCAGGGUACAUGACUGGUACAAUCUCCAAAUCAAUCUGCUCACUCGACCAGCUCAAUACACUCGUGAUUGCAGACUGGAAAGCGAUCUCGGGGGAAAUUCCAGGCUGUCUUACUUCCCUGCCUAAGCUGCGUAUUCUUGAUCUUAUCGGAAACAAACUCUCUGGCAAAAUUCCAGCUGAUAUCGGAAAUCUGAACAGGCUUAAGGUCCUUAAUCUAGCUGACAACGCGAUAUCAGGCUCGAUUCCAGGAUCUAUUGUUAACCUAGCUAGCCUUAUGCAUCUUGAUCUUAGUAAUAAUCAGCUAUCUGGUGAGCUUCCAGAGGAUAUCGGAAAUCUGAAAAUGAUGAGCCGAGCUUUACUCAGUAAGAACAAACUUACUGGUUCAAUCCCCUGUUCGGUUGCUAAUAUCUAUCGUCUCGCAGAUUUAGAUCUGUCAAUGAAUCAGAUAUCCGGUUCGAUACCAGCUCAACUCGGCUCAAUGCCGGUGCUUUCUACUCUUUAUCUGGAUAGUAAUCAGAUUACAGGUGAAAUUCCAGCUGGUAUAUUGAGUAAUACCGGUAUAAACAUCGUCAACCUGAGCCACAAUGCGCUCUCAGGCUACUUACCCGAUGUGUUCCACUCGAAAACCUAUUUCGCGGCAAUUGAUCUUUCGUACAAUAAUUUAAGAGGAUCGAUUCCUAAAUCGUUAUCAAAGGCAAUGUAUGUCGGACACUUGGAUUUAAGCCACAAUCAUCUCUGUGGCGUUAUUCCGAAUGGAAUACCGUUUGAUCAUCUCGACGCGUCGUCGUUUGCAGAUAAUGAUUGUAGGAUUUGAUAGUCUCAGAAGUGAAGGUGUUCUUCACUGAUGGAUUAAAGUCCAGUACUGGGGGUUUAUUUGUAAUUGUGAAUUGUAAUUUUCGCUGCUUAAUUACAUAAUUUAUAUCGUUCUUUUUUGUUGAUGAUGUGAUUGUUGAAUAUGAACUACUUAUAUGUAAGGUUUGCAAGUGAAGGGGGAACAAACAUAAAGGUUUACACAGAGAUGCAUUAUUAUACAUUGAAGAAUCAAUAAAGAUGCAAAUUUCUAUUUUA